AUGGCUGCUCCCGGGACCACACAAAAUCUGAAAGAAGGGAGGAGUCAAGUUAUACAAGCGUUCCUCAAUUCUCUCUCUUCAGGAGAAAGCAGUCAGGGUGCAAAUGGGGGCAGUUUCACGCCCGAUCAGGUUGAGAGAUUGUCGAAUAAACUAGGCCAAAUUCUUGGAGACAUCGAGGACAACUCAGGCCGUCGGAACGAGAAGGGUGAGCUUGUGAAUGAAGAAGGUCUACCAAUUGUGGAUAUUAAUGAGCCCACAAACUCAUCGACCGAAGGACCCGGGGAGUCUGUACCCUACGAAGAACCUGAUCUACUACCUCUGUGGGCAUUGGGGCCAGCCGAGCGAGACCGACGGCGACGCGAGAGAGACCGAUUGUUGGACAUGUUGGAGGAAGAGGAGCGUGCCGAGCAGGAGCGAGAUGCUGAGAGGGAGGAGGAACAGCGAAGACAAGAGCUAGAGAAACGUAAGGAGGCCGCCAAGGCAGAUCUGGAGAAGCUGAAAGCGGCUCGGGAGUUGCAAAAAAAGAUGGGGAAGGCCUUACUGCGGAAUAUGGCAGACGCCAAAGAAAGGGAGGAGCAGGAGAAGCGGAGGCAGGCCGAAGAAGACCGCCGCGCAACGGAGGAGAGGAAAAGGACCACGACGCUUAGGCCGCGGAAGAGCGUAACCUUUGCGGACAAACCUGAUCACAAUGCUGACGAGUCGAAGCGCCUCACACCCGCUGAGCCAGCACCUGAUCUCGGGGAUGUGUCUCUCGCGAAAUUAAUGCCUCCCCGCCGUGGUCUGCCUACUCAGAAAGAGCUCGACAGCAGCACUAUGAAGAUGAAUGUCGUCGAACGGUUCCCCGCAGCUUUACGCUCGCCGCCUCCCCUUGGUAAAAAUGACGCUGCCGACGAAGGGGAUUCCGAUGACGAGUCAGUUCCCGGCUCACCUGUACCAGCGGACUCCGAUGAGGGCGACAUUAUUGAGUCAGAACCGGACUCAGACGGCUCUGAUGAAGACGUCGUGCUCGACGAAGAGUACGAUAUAGACACUGUUCAACACCAUCGUGAAAUCGCCCUGGCAUACUAUGAGAAGCGAUCGACUAUUGGCGCGGAAGCUAAGAAGGCAAUGACCUCGCAUACCCAUGUGGGCGAACAUGAGUGGGAUCAACCGGAGGUACCGCAGGAAGCGACUCUUGCGUCACCGCCGCCGAAGCCGCCUAUAUCUCGUUUCAAAGCGAACCGCAAGGCAGCGCACAACGUCUCUUCGUUGUCCUCGUCUGAUCCAAUGCUGGCAUCCACCUCCCUAGGCGCGUUGGUUAUUCCUGCUUCUCAGACCAGGGAGCUUGAGCGUGCGAUACGCACCGGGAAGAUAGAGAAUGGAGACCUGAUAGGUGGGGAGGAGGGAGAAAGUGGAAGUGAUGUCGAAGCAGACGAGAAAAUGCGGGAAGUCCUGGAGAUGCUCAAGCGGGCUCAAGUGACGAACGCCGGGCCCUCUGGUGCCGGGGGACCCUCUUCCACCGUCGACUACUCCAGAGAGUCAUCUAUGUUGGGAGAGUCCGUGAACGCCAUCCCGGUGUCAAAGGUCAGGCCUCAGACCUCUAGGUUUCGCUCUGCGUUUGCGGCGGCUCAAGCCCAAUCGCCUGCCGAGUCCUCUCCCGGUACCCCCGCCACGCCUGUGAAUAACACGGGUCGAUCCUCACCCAAAGCCCCGGCUGUUAGCUCGACAAUCGUUGAGCGUAAUAUGCCCUCCUCGGGUCGGUUGUCCUCGAGUUUGGGUCGUAAACCGGCAUCGUUAGAUGGUGCGGGACCGCUAACUUCGCCUGUCGUUAGUUCCAGUGCUAUCCCGUUGCGAUCGGGCCCGACUUCGGUGUCACCAUCACCCUCCGCCAACAAUGCUGCUAGCUGCGUCCAACCUACCGUCAUCGACUCACCGUCGUUCCAACCUGGCCCGAAGCAGAGUGCCGCAACACCAUCAGCCACGAUGUCGUCAAUGACCGUCGAAUCGCCGUCCUUCCCUUCGCCGUCAUCGACAAGUAGACCGGAACGCCCGCCUGUCGUCAUGUCUGCGCAAGUACGAGAGUCUGCAAGCAGCUCAAGGCAAAGCGAUUCAGCAACGAUGGGCAGCGAAGGCCCCAAAAAGGUUUCGAGAUUUUUGGCGCAGAGGACUGGACAUUAGCACUGAAAUACGCUUGUCGUAUCUAUGCGCAUGGGCUGCUUUCGAUAUCUCUGUACUAUAAGGUUACUUCAGAACAGCGUCGCUUUCAUCCCGUUUCAGAGGUAGAAUCGACAUGUGCCUUGUCCUAGAAUCUCACUCUGAACAGCUCCGCCUUGGGGUACGAAAAUACCCAGAAAUGAUUCGCAUCUUCCUUCACUUCUCC